UGCCUAGCAGUUCCACCAAAUACAACAAAAACAACACCUUCAGAGGUUCUUAGUCAACUGGCUCAAUCUUUAACUCCAUCUCCUGAAAGCCCUAAUACUGUAAUGCCAGUACCUCCUCUAAAUGCGACAGUGGAUGUUGGGGUACCUCAAAGCGAAUUAACUAUGACAACAACAACUAUGCCUACAACUAUAACAACUGAAGAAACAACAACUACAAACACUACUGGAGCACCGUCAACCGAACCAACGCAUACUUCAUAUUUCAUCAUUGGCCCACCAGUUCAAGAUGUGGUAAACACCAAUACACCUACACCUGAAACAACUCCUACAACACCUGAAGUUCCCACCACAACAGAGACUCCAACUACAACACAAGCCCCAACUACAACAGAAGCUCCAACAACCCCUACAACUGAAACAACCACUACUACAACUCUCCCUCCUCCAAGCCCCGCCCCUCAGCCUCCAUUUGCAGGAGCUUCAACUGCAACAAUGACUUGGAGUAUAAUGGCGAUUUGUUUGACUAUGGUUUUGUUGGCUUUGAGUUAUUGA